CCACCACAGGACAGAAAAUAACGGUGCAAGGAGUACGCACGCGGAGCAAUGGCACCGCCGACUGACGCGUCUUCAGUACAUCUCCUAGGACCCGGGGGAAAACGCGUAUGGGAAAUUAAAGAAAAAUAAUAUGUCUUUAUGUUGCAUUUCUAAAUGCAUCGUAACAUUUUUUGCUUGUCGAUCACGCCAACAAAACGUGAUUGGAUCCAUCGGAUCACGAUUUUCUAGAACAAUUUGGGUAUCACAACGCACAUAGCGGACUGGAGAAUGUGUUUAUGAUUGCAAGCUCGUCGCAGUGGACCAUUGUCACUGUAUUUGACUGCUUCUCGAUAUCGGAAUAGUCACAUCUAUCAUUGAUAGGAGCCAGCAGCAUCAGUUCUGUAGUAUUCGAGCAUCCUUCCGCCAGUGUGCAUCAUCGUCAUUCUCGCGACCUGCAGCUCCAUCGCAAGUAGGAGGAUCCGCAGAGGAGCUCUCAGGGCAACACUGCACACACAUUCAAAGGAUGCUUUAGGUGUAAAAAGAAAUAACGAUGGGGAAAGAUCAGGAAUUACUUCAAGCGGUGAAGACUGAGGACCUGAUGACGGCGCAGAAGCUUCUGCAGAGGCCCAAACCUGGGAAAGCAAAGUUGCUGGGCUCUGCCAAGAAGGUGAACGUCAACUUCCAAGACACUGAUGGAUUUUCACCACUGCACCAUGCAGCUCUCAAUGGAAAUGUGGAGCUUAUAUCAUUGCUGUUGGAGUCUCAGCCCUUAGUGGACAUCAGAGACCAGAAAGGAAUGCGACCUUUGCAUUAUGCAGCAUGGCAGGGCAAGUCCGAGCCUAUGAAGUUGCUGCUGAAGUCAGGCUCCUCAUUGAACGGUCAGUCUGAUGAGGGUCAGAUCCCCCUGCAUCUAGCUGCUCAGCAUGGACACUAUGAUGUUUCUGAGAUGCUUCUACAGCACCAGUCAAACCCGUGCAUAGUUGACAAUGCCGGGAAGACGCCAUUGGACCUGGCCUGCGAAUUUGGCCGUGUCGGGGUGGUCCAGCUGCUACUGAGCAGUAACAUGUGUGUAGCUCUGUUGGAGGCCAAGCCCGGAGACUCGACUGAUCCCAACGGCACCAGCCCACUGCAUCUCGCUGCCAAGAAUGGACAUAUUGACGUCAUCAGACUGCUGAUCCAGGCUGGCAUAGACAUAAACAGACAGACUAAUGCAGGCACUGCCCUCCAUGAGGCUGCGCUGUGUGGAAAGACUGAUGUGGUGCGCCUCCUGCUGGAUAGUGGCAUUAAUGCAGCAGUGAGGAACACAUACAGCCAGACAGCGCUGGACAUCGUCUACCAGUUCACUGCCACACAGGCCAGCCGUGAGAUCAAACAGAUGCUGCGAGAUGCCUCGGCAGCCUUGCAGGUCAGGGCUCUGAAGGACUACUGCAACAACUACGACCUGACAAGCCUCAACAUAAAGGCUGGGGAUGUUAUCACGGUGUUGGAGCAACACCCAGAUGGAAGAUGGAAGGGCUGCAUUCAUGACAACCGCACAGGAAAUGACCGAGUGGGCUACUUCCCCUGCAACAUGGUGGAGGUGAUCAAUAAGAGGCCCGGGGCUGCGGGUUCAUGGAGUACAGUCAAUUGUACCCAACAGUAUCAAAAGAUACAGCUCUGUGCGCCGGUGUGCGGCCUUUUGUCGCCCGCCGUUGCCAUGGUGAAUGGGGACUCGUAUCAUGAGAUUUAUAUCCUGCCACCUCCUCCACCUCCGCCACCACAUUCCCAUCUGCCACUUUUCACAUCCUUUGGCUAUAACAGGUCCCCAAACACCUCAGGAGAGCCACACAGUGGACAAGGUUCUCACGGCCCAGAGUCCAGUCCCCAUGGCUCACCCACCCCAGCCGGUGGCCCCCAGUGCGGCAACAGUGAGGAGAUCUGGGUGCUGCGCAAACCUGUGGCAGGUGGAGACCGCAGUAGUGUGGGCAGUUCAGGCAGCGUGUCCAGUGCUCGAUCCUCUGGUAGUGGACAGAGUGCAGGCAGCAGCAGUAUCCUCCAUGCACAAGCAGAGGGAGUCAAGCUUCUGGCCACAGUUUUGUCCCAGUCUGCCAAAGUUAAAGAGCACCUCCUGGAGCAGACCAAGUCUUUGGAUCAUCCAGCAGUUUCCACCACAAAGGGACCCUCUUCACGCAGUCAGAGUUUGUCAGGCUGUCCACUUCAUGAGCAGCAGUAUGGGGAGGCGGCGUCCCAGAAGAAAGGGGAGGCGCUGCCCGAGGGGAAGAGCUCAGAGGCUGUUAUCGAAUGGCUGAGUGAAUUUCAGCUGCAGGUGUACGCUCCAAACUUCAUCAGCGCUGGUUAUGACAUUCCUACCAUUAGCCGAAUGACCCCAGAGGAUUUAACCGCUAUUGGAGUGACUAAACCAGGACAUCGAAAGAAGAUAACCUCAGAAAUAAACAAGCUCACCGUCAAUGAGUGGCUGCCUGACAAAAAACCAGCGAGUCUUGGAGAGUGGUUAGCCAUGAUUGGGUUGAGUCAGUACCACCAAGUUCUGGUCCAAAACGGAUAUGAGAACAUCGACUUCAUCACUGACAUCACGUGGGAGGACCUUCAGGAGAUUGGCAUUAUAAAGCUUGGACAUCAGAAGAAGCUUAUGUUGGCAGUGAAGAAGCUGGCAGAGAUCCAGAAGGCCUCAGACGGUCGCAACACAUUGCGCAAAAAGCCACCAGCCGUUCAAGAGGUGAUGGCCAUUGAGAGCCCACCCCACGACAGUGGGGAGUGUAUGUCCCCUAAAAUGAGCACCUUCCAGGAUAGUGAACUGAGCGUUGAAUUACAGGCUGCUCUUGCUCAUCCUGCAGAUUUGCAGGAUGGCCCAGAGGUCAGAAACAACAGUGCUCCGGGGGCACAGCAGCGAGCUCGCAGUCUUCAUGAGAGCAGCAUAAAUAAGAGUCGAGACUCAGAGGAGCAUAGUGGACCACCCAGGAAGGAAGCACGUACCAUGCGUCAAAGCAGCCAGGGAGGUCAGAGAAGUGUAUCAUCAACUCAGCAUAAACCCCGCCAGUCGUAUCCCCAAGGUGCAGGACCACCCUACACGCCACCACAGACCCCCACCAAAACAAAGCCACCGACUUCACAAACUAUGGCUACCCCACAGGGUAAGCCAAAACUUGGCCCUCAGCUGCUCCAGCAGACAGAAAAGCCUGUGUCAGCACAUUCUCUCCCCCAAUCCCCCACUCACAGGUCCCAUCCUCACCCAGCUGCCCAGUCUGUGGAAACCGUGGAGGCUACACCUCCAGGACCUACCGUCUCAGUGCCACUUCUGUGCCUGCCACCAGAAAGCAACGAACCUUGUGAUGAGCAUGGACUGCCUAAGAAACGUGCAAACAGCCUGAAUCGCUUUGCUGUGUCUGAUGGUGAGCAGGAGCACGACGAGCUAAACAUAUCAGAUUCAGGAGGAAAGUAUGCCACAGUGCAGCACCGGGUGGGCCGCAGCAACUCAAUGAAAGGGCAGGCAGACAAGAACGUCAACCGAAGUCAGUCCUUUGCACUCAGGCAGAAGAAGAAGGGUCCUCCUCCGCCUCCACCCAAACGCUCCAGUUCGGCCAUCUCAAGCUCCAGCAGUAAUCUAGCAGAAAUGCACAAGGAGACAAGCAGUGGACCCUUACUGGAGGUCCCCUACCAACCACUAAGGCGUGCUAGUGACCUGGGUGGCAUUGUAGAUACGUGCAGUGCAGGUAGUGUGAAGAGCAUUGCAGCCAUGCUGGAAAUGUCCUCCAUUGGAGGGGGUGCCAAGGGUCUGUCUCUGCAGAAAUCUGUUUGUCACUAUCUGCAGGUGGGUCCUGCAGGAGUAAAGCAGCGUGAUGCCAUUGGAAUGGAUGGAGAAGUAGUUAACCGUCGCAGGACCAUUAGUGGGCCAGUCACUGAGUUGGUAGCAGCUGCUAAGCGAGAACCGAAGCCUGGGUCAGAGCCUGUCCAGGAUAAACAGUUCAAUGAACCACAACCAAGCUCCAGUGGAAGCUCUGCAGAGAAUCUUCCGUUUGCUGAGGAUGGAAACCUCACCAUCAAACAAAGACCCAGGCAUGGCAAGGAUGAGGCUGAGGAGGGUGCAGACAUGCCGUACUCUCUACCACCGGAGAAGCUUUCACGUGUGGAUGCCACACUUAAAAGGAGGGUCCAGAGUACCAAGCAGCAACCCAAUGGAACCAGGUUCCACCUCACAGAGUCAAAUACGGUUAAGCGACGCCCCAAGAGCAAGGACAAAGAUGCAGAAGAACUUCAGGACAGGCAGAUGCCUGUACCUUAUGAGAAUGGAACUGGCACUAUUAAAAGGCGCCCUGCAUCAGAGGUGACCGUUUCAGAGCAGCCCAGGCCACAGGAAAUUCCUGAGAACUCGCCCCGUCGGGACAGUGCAGACCUGGAGGGCCAAACUACUGAGUCACCCACUCGUAAGCCUGUCAAACCCCCGGUGUCACCCAAACCUGUUCUGGCUCAGCACAUGAAGAAACAAGGACCUCCGGCUGUCAUGACUAAGAAAGACCCUUUUCCUGGACCAGCCGGGGCACCUGGCAGCCCAGUUGAAGGAAAGAAAGUACCUCCUCUGGUCUCACCGAAACCUACACCUCCUCCCACGGCUCCUAAACCAUCCAAAACUGUUCUGCAGUCUUUGAAUGCGACACCUAACCCCACUCCCACACCCUCUCCAGCCAAACAGAUUGUCACCAGAGUGGCCAGUACAGCUUCUUCCCAGACCAACAACCCUGCCAAGGCUACAACCCCACCAGCCCUGAGUGCCCAGACCCCUCUCACACCUCAGAGUCCACACACCCCACAGACACCGCAGACACCCCAAACUCCUCUGACACCAGGCCCCCCAACCCCUAUCCCCACACCCCCACCUGUGAAGCCCCCUCGCUCCUCAAUCAGUGGGGUGUCUAUUGACAGUGCAGCUGGAUCAGGGUUUAUGGCAGGCAUAGUGACAGCAGAUGCAGUGCACCAGAAGAUAGAGGAGACCAAUGCCUCACUGGCUGCAGCCCUGCUGGCAGUUGAGGAGAAGAUCAAGGAGGAUGGGCAUAAAGAUUCAAUGGCUGAAAACAAGAGCACAGUGAGCAUCCUAGAUGACAUCGGCAGCAUGUUCGAUGACCUGGCAAAUCAGUUGGAUGCCAUGCUGGAGUGAAGAGCACAGCCUGUGUCUCUGUGGCACAACCUCAGGGCCCUGGGAGAGCACAAGGGCACAAUGACCAACCACACACCCACCCAUCUACUCCUCCUAAUGCUCAUGCCUUGCUCCUUUCACCUCCCUUUUUCCCCCACUUCUUUCCCAUUGUCAUGAAACACCCAUCUCUCCUCUCUUCCCCCAAGUUGGUGUGCACAAACCCUGAGCUGAUGUACCUCAGGAUGGGCAGAAGACCAUCCAGGGCUUUAGACAUCCAAGACAGAGCAGAGGGUGAAGAGGCAGAGGUUGGGUUUUAAUACAAAGAAACUCAACUCUUUGUUCUUUUCUAUUCAGAGUCCUUGGAAUAUAUCAAUCUACCAUGAGCAAUGA